AAAAUAAGAGGGUCGAGCAAAUCAAAGGAUUGCAAUUGGAAGUGAGCAUAGCAUUAGCACACCUCACCAUACGCUGCGGAUUGUGUUGAAUUCAUCCAUCCAUUCAUCUUUCGAGUUUUUGAGGGUAUUUGGGGUUCGGGUCUUGCUUUUGGGUUUCUGGGAUUUCCCUCAAAUUCAUGGAUUCAACCUCCCAAUAUCCAAAGCAAACUAAAAUUUCUGCCUUUCUGAUGUUUCUCCAUUAAAGGCCAUGUCUGGGAAGAAAAUAAUUGCAAUAUGUCAGUCUGGUGGCGACUUUGUCACCAGUAAAGAUGGUUCAUUGACCUACAAUGGCGGCGAGGCCUAUGCUAUUGAUAUCGAUGAGCAAACCAAGUUAAGUGAUUUCAAGUCUGAGAUAGCAGAUAUGUUUAAUUUUAGUUCUGCUAACAUGUCUAUCAAGUACUUCCUCCCCGGAAAUAAGAAGACCCUCAUAACCAUCUCCAAGGACAAGGAUUUGCAGCGCAUGCUUAAUUUUGUAGGUGAAACUUCGACCGUUGAUGUUUUCAUCACGUUGGAGGAAGCUGCUGCUUGUAAUGUCUCCAACAUGCCUGCUAGUAGGUCUAGCAGGACGACUAUCUCUGAAGCUGGAGUUCCUAUUGUUGUUCCUGCCAGUGCUGAUGUUGGAAUGAACGAUGGCAUUGACCAACUUGAUAUGGACAUGCCGGACGGAACUCCUUUAGACUGUAUGCCCAUUAAUAUGAUUGAUGAGAGGCAUCAUAAAGCUGCUCAGCUUUGGGAGAAUACGAUCACCGGAGUAGACCAAAGAUUUAAUAGUUUUAAUGAAUUCCGAGAAGCUUUGCAUAAAUACUCAAUUGCACAUGGUUUUGCUUAUAGGUAUAAGAAAAAUGACAGCCAUCGUGUUACUGUUAAAUGCAAAGCUCAAGGCUGUCCCUGGAGGAUAUAUGCAUCGAGACUGUCCACUACCCAGUUGAUUUGCAUCAAGAGAAUGAACACAACACAUACGUGUGAAGGAGCUUCCUUAAAAGCUGGGUACCUGGCAACGAGGGGUUGGGUGGGAAGUAUUAUAAAGGAGAAAUUGAAAGUUUCCCCCAACUACAAGCCAAAAGAUAUUGCCAAUGACAUCAAACGAGAAUAUGGAAUCCAACUGAAUUAUUCUCAGGCAUGGCGAGCAAAAGAGAUUGCCAGGGAACAGCUUCAAGGAUCCUUUAAGGAAGCAUAUACUCUCUUACCUUAUUUCUGUGAGAAGAUAAAAGAGACUAACCCAGGCAGUAUUGUCACCUUUAAUACCAAGGAUGACUCAAGCUUCCAUCAACUAUUUGUCUCAUUUCAUGCCUCGAUAUCUGGUUUUUUACAAGGAUGUCGACCUCUAAUUUUUCUUGACAGUACUACUUUGAAUUCUAAAUACCAAGGGAUGUUGUUGGCUGCAACAGCUGCAGAUGCGGAGGAUGGUAUUUUUCCUGUAGCUUUUGCUGUAGUUGAUGAUGAGACUGAAGACAAUUGGACUUGGUUUUUAAGGGAACUCAAAUCUGCUGUUUCUACAUCGAGUCAAUUGACAUUUGUUGCAGAUUUUCAGAAUGGUUUAAAGAGGGCACUGGCUGAUGUAUUUGAUAAAUGCUACCACAGCUAUUGUUUACGACAUCUUGCUGACAAACUCAACAGAGAUUUAAAAGGGCAGUUUUCCCACGAGGCAAGACGGUUUAUGAUCAAUGACUUUUACACUGCUGCUCGUUCGCCGCGACUUGAAGGUUUCCAGCGGGCUGCUGAAAGUAUAAAAUGCAUUUCUCCUGAAGCUUAUGAUUGGGUCAUUCAAAGUGAACCAGAGCACUGGGCAAAUGCCUUUUUCGGAGGAGCAAGGCAUAACCACAUGAUCUCUAGCUUUGGGCAGGAGUUCUAUAGUUGGGUAUCAGAAGCACAUGAAUUUCCUAUAACACAGAUGAUUGAUGUAUUACGGGUUAAGAUGAUGGAGUCGAUCUAUAAACGUCGUGUGGAUUCCAGUCAGUGGAUGACAAAGUUAACUCCAAGUAAUGAGGAAAAGUUGCAGAAGGAAACUGCAAUGGCGCGGUCACUUCAAGUGUUACUCACACAUGGUAGCGUAUUUGAAGUCCGUGGGGAAUGUGCGGAGGGGACGUUUGUUGAGGUUGUUAAUAUAGAUCAUUGGGACUGCAGCUGUAAGGGCUGGCAACUUACUGGUUUUCCUUGCUGUCAUGCUAUUGCCGUCUUUGAAUGCAUUGGUAGAAGUCCUUAUGACUAUUGUUCUAGAUACUUUACAACUGAGAGUUUCCACUUAACUUAUGCGGAAUCCAUUCACCCUGUUCCAAAUAUAGAUAGACCAAUUGAGAAUGAAUCACUCGAGGUAGCCGUUGUAACUCCUCCAACUAAACGUCCACCAGGUCGGCCAAAGAAGAAGCAGGAAUCAAUGGACCUCAUUAAACGACAGCUACAGUGUAGCAAAUGCAAGGGCCUUGGCCACAACAAGAAAACUUGCAAAGAACCCUAGAGUAGAUGUAGGACACUGUAAGUAGGCACCUAUUCUUCAUGGUUUUACAGCUAUAUAAGAUUAAUUAGUUUUGGUUGGCUAUCUCAACUUUUUUUCCCUCUAUUUGUCUUUUUAUGAUGCCUUUGCCAUCAAUCUAUUUGAUCAAAUUUUACUCCUUUUAUGUCUAUCUCCAUCAUCCAUAGCACUUUUAGAUGGUCU